GGCAUAUCGUUGAAUAAAGAUGGUAAAUAUACAUUUGUGUGUGGAUUGCACAUAAGGAUGGCUAUUAGAUCAUCAAAAGAAGACUCUAUGCAAAUUGAUGGAUUAUCAAAAAUUGGAUGCAAUACAAUACGACAGAUAUAGAUAUGCUUGUGUCAACAUUCCCAAGACACGUAACACCUACUGUAAGGGCGCCAAGUGCAGAAAGCACACUCCCCACAAGGUCACUCAAUACAAGGCUGGUAAAGCCUCUUUGUUCGCUCAGGGUAAGAGACGUUACGACCGUAAGCAAUCCGGUUAUGGUGGUCAAACCAAGCCCAUUUUCCACAAGAAGGCCAAGACUACCAAGAAGGUUGUCCUCCGUCUUGAAUGCACUUCUUGCAAGUACAAGAUGCAACUCGCUCUCAAGAGAUGUAAGCACUUCGAAUUGGGUGGUGACAAGAAGACCAAGGGUGCUGCUCUUGUUUUCUAA